AUGGCGCACUUUUCGCGAUCUUCUUCUCCUCACAAACGAAGCAGCUUGGCAGGCCAUUUCGAGGGCUUGACUGUCACCAAAUCAGCAUACAAGACGAUAAACCUCCCGAAGCUGCUACGAAAUACAGUGCGCUCAAAAUUCACAUCACCAAAAGCGAAGUUCACUCUCAAACCAGAUCUACUAUACGAUUACUUUCGGUUCACACCAGACCCUGAUGAGGUUUUCGCUGAGAGUGUCUCCUAUUUUGGAGAUGUGUGGAAGUUGCUGCAAGACCUGAAGGAGAAAGAUGAUAGUUAUGAGCAGUACCUGGUGGAGUCAAUGGUCAUGAUGAUUUUUCAGAGCAACGAUCUUGAGAAAGCUGGGUCUAGUCAUGAGGUGACGAUGAAGUUAUGCAAGAAAAUCUUUGCUGGUGAGGAGCUGGCGGUGGAGAUACCUGUGGAAGAUGAGGAUUACGAGGUUACACAGAAGUAUUUGAAGCAGAAGAAGCGCGCUGCAGAUCCAGAUGCUGUCCAACGAUCCCGGCGCCAAGUUAUUCAGCAUGCAUUUGCUUUGAAAUACAUCACUCACCGAAUGGUAGUUCACGGCGAGGAGCUCUCAGAGGACAUUCUGCUCUCCACCCAUAAGAUUCUCACAGAAGGAAUCGAUGCUGAGAACGAGGAAAAAGACUGCUCCGAAGUUUAUGGAGGUGUAUACCGCAACGAUAAUGUUGGAUGGACUUUUACGUCUUUUGCAUCACCUAAAGAUAUCCCGAAACUCAUGGCUAACACUAUCGCCGAGUUCAAUGCAGCAGUCAAAGUCGCUGAAGCUGAGGAGACUAUCGACCCCUACCAAUUGGCGGCCAAGUACUCCCACAAAAUCCUCAACAUCCACCCUUUCCUCGACGGGAACAGUCGGCUCACACGUCUUCUCAUCAACACUAUUCUCUUGAAGUACACUGGAUCUAUAAUUACUAUUGCAGAAGAUGAUGAGCAGGCUAUGAAGUGGAAGGAAACGGUGACUCGAGCUGCUGAGACCGAAAGUAUGAAAGAUGAGGAUGAGGGUUCACACAAACCACCAUGGGCUGAACUAGCAACGCUGAUCGUUAUACAAGGACGUACGGCCCUUCGUACAUUAAAGGAAACUCUAGUAGCUCGAAAGCGUGGGGAGAAUUACAGCCGUCGAAAGUCAAUCAUUGGUUAUCAUUGGGAAACCGAAGAAUCACCAAGCGCUCGGGAAGAGGUAGACGCCACUGAACCAUUUCAUCAGUAG